AUGUAUAUUGAGCGUAUUCAUGAGAAAUGUUUUUCCACCAGCCACGACCCACUAGUCGAGAGCGUGAACCAGACACGCAACACGCUCUAUCUCUUCUCUUGUCCACACGCUCACUUUAUUCUCAGGCGACGCAGCCGAAAAACACUUCUCCACUCUCCUGUGCUCGACAACCUCCGCCCUCCCGCCAUGCUCUCCGUCGCCAUGAGCACCCGUCCCGUGGUCUCCCGCCGCCCGCACCUCCCAGCACGAGCUGCUAAUUCGACCCCAUCCUCCUCACCUGCUACAGAGAAUCGUAGAGCCAGGCGGUCGCUCCUCCGCCCGCGCCUGAUCGUGCUGUCAUCUGUGGCCGUGGGGAGUCUGGUUGCUGCUGGGGCUGCGAAUGCUGCCGACCUCGGAGAUUCUCUGCUAGGAUCAUCGGGACUUCUCUUGGCUGACUUAGGCAUCGGAGAUUGGUUUGGAGGUUUAUUAUUUUCAGCUGGGCAGCAAGCUAAUGAGGCUGUUCUGGAUCAGUUGUCUGCUCUUAGUUUCACCAGCUUGGCAGUAAUUUUUGGUGCUGGACUUGUAACUAGUUUGUCUCCCUGUACACUCAGUGUUCUGCCAUUGACUCUAGGAUAUAUAGGUGCUUUUGGCUCUGGAAAAGAUCGAGCUGAGGUUGUUGGAAAUUCAGUUGCUUUCUCAUUAGGACUGGCAACAACCUUAGCCAUCCUUGGUGUUGCUGCUUCUUUUGCUGGAAAGGCUUAUGGGCAAGUAGGACAAGGACUCCCAGUGGCUGCUUCUGGGUUAGGAAUCGUCAUGGGAUUGAACCUACUUGAGGUAGUCGAGCUACAACUUCCCUCAUUUUUCAGCGAUUAUGAUCCUCGAGCUGCUGCAGCUAACUUGCCUUCCAGUGUACAAGCAUAUCUUGCUGGCCUUACAUUUGCAUUAGCAGCAUCACCUUGCAGUACACCUGUUCUUGCUACCCUUCUGGGAUAUGUUGCCACUUCAAGGGAUCCAAUUGUUGGGGGAAGUUUGUUGUUGACAUAUACAACUGGCUAUGUUGCACCUCUUCUCAUUGCAGCCUCUUUUGCUGGAGCAUUGCAGAGUUUGCUGUCAUUCAGAAGAUAUUCCACAUGGAUAAACCCCAUCAGUGGUGCAUUUCUAUUGGGUGGAGGUGUUUAUACCCUACUGGACAAGCUGUUCCCUGCGACAUCAAUGGUGAUGUGA